AUAGAAUCUGCCAGCAGCAUAGCUGAAGUCGACUCUGGUAACAUUGUAGGACUACCCAUAGACAAAGCUCCAGAAGUGCAGGAGGAGAUCCUUCUUCUUCAUGAGGAGACCAUUGAUCUUGAUGCCGACACCUUUGAAUCUGAAGAAAAUGUCACCCUGUCCGAAGAUUCUGGAAACUUGCUGGACAAACUUAAUGAGCAGAUGAUGGAAAGUGUGAUCAUCUCUGACUCCCCCAACAUCAGUGAAGACGAUGCUGGAGAUCUUGGCUGCCUUCAGGACAUUGUUGAUGAAAUUGAAAGCAGUGACACUAUGGUAAUAGAGCAAGACACAGAUAAAGAAUAUAAUCCAAGUGUAAAUAGCAAAAAUAGCUCGGAGUUAGAUGUUAGUCCUGAAAACUCUGCUGCAGACAAGUUGCCUGUGAUUGACACCCCUGCCCAACUUCAGGAUCAGGUGAGUGAGGUGGAUGAGGGGAUCAUUCCUAAUGUGCAGGCGCCUGAAAUUGAACACAAAGAAGAUUCGGUUAUUCCAGUCAUUACAUCUUCUCAAGCUGAGGAAACCAUCCCGGUCUGUACCAUCUUCAGCCAGGCUAAUGCACAACAGUCCUUUUUAGUCCACCAUGGCUUUGAAUCUCAAAUGGUCAAGUCGCCAAGCUUUGGAAUUGAAUUUAAAAGCACCUUAAAGACUCAAACACACGUUGUCCAGCCCAGUCCAAGCUUAAGCAACUUUUUCUCUGAUAACGGGGGCCCUAAUUCCUCUGGUUCAGACUUUUUUGAUUCCUUCACCACCUCCUCAAUGUUUAUCUCGGUCAGUAAUCCAAAUGCAGCACCUUCUGUUGCGGAAAUAAGCCCAGCACCUGUAACUCCUGAUGCGAGCAGUUCUCAGACCCCUCCUGCCGUCAGUUUCUAUAUGGGUAAUAUGGCUUUAGAUUCAAGUGGCUCGUCAGCUUCUGUGGAAAUACCUCCGUCCCCAAAGCCCUUCUCACAGAUCCAGAGUGUGUUUGCUGGAAGUGAUGAUCCAUUUGCCACUGCCCUAAACAUGAGCGAGAUGGACAGGAGAAAUGAUGCUUGGCUGCCGUCUGAAGAAACCAGGAACAUCCUCAUCUCUGUAGCCACACAGCAGUACAACCCUGUGUUCGUUGAUAAGGAGAAGCUUACUAUGCCAGGGCUAAAGUUUGAUAAUAUUCAGGGAGACGCUGUACGGGAUCUCAUGUUGCGCUUUCUUGGUGAACAGGCGGCCAUGAAAAGACAGGUUCUCACCGCCAACUCGGUGGAGCAGACAUUUCUGGGGCUUAAGCAACUUCUUAACAGCAAGAACUGGCGGGCAGCGGUUGACCUGAGUGGACGGCUUCUGACAGCCCAUGGACAAGGUUAUGGAAAGAGCGGUCAGCCAACCAACCAUACCACAGACUCUUUACAGCUCUGGUUCCUGCGGCUGUCUUUGUUGGUGAAGUUAGGCCUUUUUCAAAAUGCCGAAAUGGAGUUUGAAGCUUUUAAAAACCUAGACCAGCCUGACCUUUACUACGAAUAUUACCCACAUGUUUAUCCGGGACGCAGAGGGUCCAUGGUGCCAUUUUCUAUGCGGAUUCUCUAUGCUGAGUUACGGCAGUACCUUGGAUGCCCUCAAGAGACUCUUGACCGAUUGCACAGCAUGAAAACCAUUUGUUUAAAGAUUUUGGACAACCUGGAAAAAGGGUUUGCUGAAGAUGGAAGCAUGAUCACUAUGACAAACAGUAAUAGGCAAGCCUCUGUUCAGCUGUGGAGGUCACGUCUGGGCCGGGUGAUGUACUCCAUGGCAAACUGUCUGCUAAUGAUGAAGGAUUACGUUCUGGCGGUGGAAGCCUAUCAUGCCGUUAUAAAGUAUUACCCCCAGCAGGAGCCACAGUUGCUGAGCGGUAUCGGAAGGAUUUUUCUUCAGAUUGGAGACAUAAAAACUGCUGAGAAGUAUUAUCUGGAUGCGGAAAAAGUCAUAGAGAAUCUAGCUAAUAAAGAUGAACCAGAGAUGAAAAUUAUGGUUUUGAUGAACCGGGCUUUCCUACACCUUGGUCAGAAUAACUUUGCAGAAGCUCAAAAGUUCUUCUCGGAGGUGCUGAAGGUGGACCCAACAAACACGGUGGCAAAUAACAAUGCUGCCGUUUGCCUGCUUUAUUUGGGCAAAUUAAAGGAUUCCCUCAGGCAUCUGGAAGGAUUGGUUCAGCAGGAUCCCAAACACUAUCUUCACGAAAGCGUUCUCUUCAAUUUGACAACUAUGUAUGAGCUGGAGUCCUCGCGCAGUAUGCAGAAGAAGCAAGCUCUGCUGGAGGCGGUAGCUGUCAAGGAAGGUGACAGCUUUAACACUCAGUGUCUGAAGCUGCUAUAAUUCUGCUGCUGCUGCUACAUCUCCUCACACUGAGAAUAGACUGCAAGGAAAAAGUCCUUCCUGUGUAUAUAUUACUGCCGGGAAAUGUAAAUGGGGUUCCCAGGUUAAAUAGGAUAAUAGGAUUGAAAUGUGUCCGCUAUGUACUUAGUCAAAUAAACAAUAGAUGAUCUUAUGUUAUUUUUUUCUGUUCAGAGUC